AUGGAAUAAUAAAGAUUUUAAAAGAUACUUGACCUUUAAAAAUGUACUGAAAACAUAAGAAAUAUAUCUAUAGUCGCACAUGUAGAUCACGGAAAAACAACAUUAUCUGAUUCUUUAAUAUCAUCAAAUAAUAUAAUAUCUAAAAAAUUAGUAGGCAAAUUAAGGUAUUUAGAUUCCAUGCCAGAUGAAUAAAAUCGAGGAAUAACAAUGAAAUCAUCUUCCAUAUCAUUAAUAUACCAAGAUCCAUAUAAAAAAAAUUAAGAAUAUUUAAUAAAUCUAAUUGACUCACCUGGUCAUGUAGAAUUUUCCUCUGAAGUAAGUAGCGCAUUAAGGCUCACAGAUGGAUCUUUAAUAUUAGUUGAUGUGAUCGAAGGUGUUUCAUCAUAAACUUAUACUGUAUUAAAACAGUCUUAUACAGAGAAAGUUAAAUCUAUCCUAGUAUUAAAUAAAAUAGAUAAACUUAAAAAUGAAUUUUGGCAUUCAGAAGAAGAAGCAUAUAAUCAUUUAUAAUAGAUAAUCGAAUAAGUAAAUGCUGUAGUAUCUUCAUUUGUAAAGUAAGAAAUAGAUAAUACAAAUGAGAAAAUAAAUGAAGAACUAAUUUUAGAUAUUGAAAAAAAUGCUUAUUUUUAACCUGCAUAUGGAAAUGUGGUUUUUUGUUCAGCUUUAGAUUGCUGGUGUUUUACUAUAGAUGAUUUUGCGAAUAUUUUUUAAAAAAAAUUAAAUAUGGAUAAAGAAACUUUAAAAAAAGGUAUGUGGGGUGAUUUUUAUUUAAACCCGAAAACUAAAGAAAUAACAAAUAAUCCACCUAAUAGUAAAUCAAAACCUCUUUUUGUAGACUUUGUUUUAAAAAAUAUAUGGGCAAUAUAUUAAAUGGUAAAAGACUGUGAUACAGAAAAACUAACAAAAGUAUGCCAAGUUUUCCAAUUAUAAGACCUUCCUGAAAAAAUGAAAACUUCUAUAUAAAAAAACUAAUAAGCAUGCACUUAGUAUAUAAUGAGUUAAUGGUUACCCUUAGAUAAGUCUUUGUUUUAAUCAAUUAUUGAUUAUUUGCCAAGUCCUAUAUAGGCUUAAAAAAAUCGAAUAAAUAUAAUAUGUAAGAAAUUACAUAAAUUUCCCGAAUUAAAAAAAGCUAUUUAAAAUUGUGAAAAAGAUGAAGAUUCUCCAGUUGUGGCUUAUAUAUGUAAAAUGGUUACAGUUCCAUAAUCUAAUAUAAAUGAGAGAAAUUAAGAAAUUCAAAUAUAAAAUCAAUAAUAAGGUUAAAAAAUAGUCGGUUUUGCAAGAAUAUAUAGUGGAAAACUAACUUAAGGGAAAAAAAUUUACAUUAUAAAUCCAAAAAAAGGAAAUUUGAAUGAAGAAAACACACAUUUUUAAACUAAUUAAUUAUAUUUAAUGAUGGGUUAAUAUUUAGAUGCAAUAUAAGAAAUUACAGCCGGUAAUGUUUUCGCAAUUUCCGGAUUGGAUUAAUUAGUAUUUAAAUCAGCUACCCUAUCUUCCAAUUUUAACUGUCCUUCAUUCACUCCUAUUAAUAUAGGUGCAAAAUCUAUACUUAAAGUUUCCUUAACUACUGUAAAUUUACAUGAUUUUCCCGCAUUAAUCCAAGGACUUAAAAAACUCAACAAAAGUGACCCUUCAGUGGAAGUCUUUACAGAAAGUAACGGUGAUUUGAUCCUUGCAACCUGCGGUUAGGUCCAUUUAGAAAGAUGUAUUAAUGAUUUAGAGAAUGUAUUAGCUAAAGUGCCUAUUAAAAUUUCUGAUCCAAUAAUCUAAUAUAAAGAGACUGUUAUAAGUAAGAACUUUAAAAACAAAAAAGUACUAACAAAUAAAGAUGGAGAAAAUAAUAAAUAACAACAAGAAGAUGAUAAUGAAGAAAUAGAUAUAGAAACCUUAAAAAAAUAAGCUAAAUUAAGAUUUUAAGAAUAAUGUGAAGAUGUGGAAAUUAUAGAUACUUUCAAAAUAAAAGAAGAUGAUAUUAGUGCGAAUUAAAUGAAAAAAAUAUUUUAUGAAGGAAAUGAAAAUUAACUUUAUAUUAAAGGAUUUUUAGAAGAAUUCGAAAAAUAAGUUAAUGAAAAAAUAAAAGAUAAAAAAUUUAAAGAUUUAAUUAUUAAUAAUUUAGUUAGAUUUGGUCCUAAUAAAUAUGGACCAAAUAUGCUUAUUAUAAAUAAUAUUAAAGAAGAAUAAAGUCUUUUAUAUAAACUUAAAUAAAAGUUAAAUCAAGAUUAAAAUAAUAAUAAUGAAGAAAAUGAUAAUAAUAAUAAUAAUAAUAAUAAUAAUAAUAAUAAUAAUAAUAAUAUUAAUAAUAAUAAUAAAAUUUAAGAUGAAGAAUAAAAAACAGAAUAUGAUUCUUAAAAAAUACCUUCUAAAACAUCUAGUUAAUCAUUUAAACAAUAAUUAAUUAAAAAUGUUCAUAUUAUGGAAUAAUUAUAUAAAAUAUCUUCUGAAGAAAUUCAUAAUUGUAUUCUAUCAGGUUUUGAUAUGGCCGUGAUGGCUGGACCUCUAUGUGAAGAACCUAUGAUGGGUGUUUGUUAUAUAGUAGAGGAUAUUUAAGCUAUAGAAGAUAAGUAAGAAAAAGAUUAAGCUUUAGAUGAUGAAAAUAGCGAAACAUCUAGUAUUUAGCAAUAAAAAAUAUAAAAAGAUCCCUAUGGCCCGAUAAAUGGUUAGGUAAUUUCUACUAUGAAAGAUUGUUGUUUAGAGUCGUUUUUAGGAGCAUAACCUAGAAUUGUAGAGGGAAUGUAUUUAUGUGAACUUUAAAAUGAUUAAGAUAAUUAUGGAAAAGUAUUUGAACUUUUAAAUAAGAGAAGAGCGAAAAUUGUAUAGGAAGAACUUUAAGAAAGUACUAAUUUAUUUUUAAUAAAAGCACAUUUACCGGUUGGGGAAUCACUGAAUUUUUAUACUGAAAUGUAAAUUAAAACCUCGGGAAGGGUCAAUGCUUAGUUAAUGUUUGAUACUUGGAAAGUAUUGAAAAUUAACCCUUUUUUUGUACCUUAGACUGAUGAUGAAAUAGAAGAACAUGGAGAUUCAAUUAAUUAGACUAAUAUAGCGAAAUAAAUUAUAGAAAAAAUUAGAAAAAGAAAGGGAUUGUUUAUAGAAUAAAAAACUGUAGUCGCGGCUGAAAAAUAAAGAAAUUUAUAAAAGAAAAAAUGA